GUCGUCCUCAUCAAUCGCCACCAACCAUCCCCAUCAGCGGCGCUAACCAGCACCGGACCUACAUCACCGCAUGCUUCCAAAGCGCGCAAACCCUGCUGGCAAGCCUGCACUCAGCGUUAAGCGCGUCAAGGCGGCAUCGUAUGGCAACUCUGAUUCUGAUUCAGAGGACACAUAUAGACCCCAGAAGAAGACUCUGGCGAAGAUGGACCUCCCCAAUAUGGACGAUGCGGCGAACGAGGAGGAAGAGAGUCUUAUUAGGCAUUACAGCACAAAGCAACCACAAGCCAAAAGCAAAAAGAAAAUCUCGCCCGAAUACCCCACCGCAGCUUCAGAGUUGGCACUCACCAAAUCACAGCAACAGCAGCGAAAGCAACCAAAGUCAGCACCCCCUGCGGCGCUAAGCAGACAGUCGUCAGCCCUGAAGAGCAAAGCAAGCCACGACAAUCAGGAGAACGUGGAGAGUCCCUAUUCGACAUUCGUCUCUAGCACCAAGUCCAAAGGCAUUGGAAAAGAAUCUGCACGCACAACAUCAUCUAUGACUGCCGAGCAACUUGUAGUGGCGCUCGAUGAACUCAAUGUCAAGUACAAGCGUCUGAAACAACUGCGCAUGACUGAAGCAGAGAAAAACUUGGAGGACUGCCGCGCAAAGUUGGAGGAGGCCACCCGCAGUGCCGAGAAUUAUCGUGCCCAGAUGGAGCUGCAAUUGGAGUCCGCGCUCAGGACCCAGGAAAAGUUACGCGACAACAGCGAGGUCAUGAAUGCAAAAGUGCGCACUCUUCAGCGUCAAGUGCGAGAUUGUGAGGGAAAGCUCAGACAGCACGAACAAGAGGAUCGGGUCAGGGCCAAGACUGCAUCGAUGCAAUCAGUUCUUGCCAGUCCGGAUGUUACGCCGAACACUGCAGCAACUGUCAGCACUAUCAAGAUGUAUGAGAAUUUGAGUGGUUUCAAGCUUGUUCCUCGGGACAUUUUCCCUGGUUCAUCCAAAAACAAGCUGCCGACUAUCUGGGAUUGUGAACAAACGGGACCUCGCGGUACACUUCAUUUCACGCUGACCUAUGAUUAUGAAAACAACUUGGUGUCCUAUUCCCCAUCAAUCGAUGAAAAGCGAGACGAGAAACUGCUGAAGAGUCUUCCUGACUACUUGACAGACGACAUUGAGUUUGAGCGGCAAUUCGAGAGUAAAUUCUUCUGGAGAAUGCUCAAUUUUAACAACGAGGACGAGAUUUAGGCGAUCAUCGACGCCUCGGCUGGCCUGGGAUGCUCGAUUUCGGAAAAUAACAUAUAUUUUAUACCAGUUGUACUUCAUACUAUUUGUAAUAAAAAGCGAUA